UGCACUGUGGCAGGCUGCUGCCACGUGGGCCCAGGUCUCUUGGGAGGAACAAGGGGACACAGAGGCCGGGAUGAUGCCUCAGGGGAGCAGAAAGCUGGAUCCAGUGGAAGAGAAAGGGUGAACCUUGCUGAAUGCUUCCUGCUGUGAAAAUGGGAACCUCGACCAAAGGAGGUGUUUGGGGAAGCUCGGGCUCCCCCACACCCUGGACCAAGGUCCUCCAGCUGCUUCUGUAUUUGUCUCUACCCUUCUCACCUCCCUUUCCGCUUCUGCUAGAGACCCCACUGUCACUUCAGCUGCCUCCUCCUCUCCUCUCCCAAUCCUUGCAGGGUCCAGUGUCGCCUGGAGAUCCCCCCAACAGGGAUGGUGCUGAGUAGCCAGUCCUCAAGCCUCAAGAUUCCCAGAAGUCUGCUCCUUUGGAAACCCCCCUUGGCUCCAUCUCAGCCCCUUGCAUCCUGACCCCAGUCAUCAACUCCACUGCCCCAUGGGGUCCUCAGAUCUUACUCUGAGUUUCCAGCCCCAAAUCCUGCCACACUCGCUGUCCGCAGAGGACCCCACCUCCUACUUCACCAAGAAUGGGAAACCCUCUAGGGUGAAGGCUCGGAACACCCCUCAGCACUGCUCCCCACCUUCACUAUCUCAGGGUACAGGCGAACCUCCUCCUUUCCAGGUGAGCCCCUGCCCCAGUGUCAGCCCCUCAGGGACCUGCCCCAUCAGCCACCCCCCACCAACUUUCCCUUCACCUGGAUCUUCCCUGCAGGAGAGAUCUCAGGGUAAAGGACACCCUACUCCUUUCCAGGUGAGUCCCUGCCCCAGAGUCAGCUCCUCAGGGACCUGCCCCAUCAGCCAUUCCCCACUGACUUUCCCUCCACCUGGAUCUUCUGUCCAGCCGAGAAACAGCCAGAUUCCCAAGAAGCAAGGAGGGAAAUUCGCCUUUCUUGUCCUGGUCUUCCGUCUGAUGUUGGCAACUUACCCACUCCUUCCCUUCACCAUCAGAACUCUCCAAAGAAAAGCCGAAUGUGGAACUCCUGCUAAGACUUUCUGUUGCCAAACAGAAAGCGAGCGUCUCAGGGCUCAGGGCUGAGCCUCCCCGUCCUUGCGCUCUCAGGCACAGAGCCUAGCUCACAGCAGAAGUUCCAUCCAUCUUCCUCUCAUUAGCCUAACUCCUUCUUACAAAGUCAGCCUACCAGCUAACCAUCCUCAGCCCUCACCUCACAAACUCAUUCAUCAAAUUUUUGCCCCACUUAAAGGACAAAUGCACAGACUUCAAUAUAUACACAGAAUCAUUUUGUCGAUUAAAGAGCUAAAAUUGAAAAGA